GGCUCUCGAGUUCCCCCGCUCCCGGGGCCGCCGCCGCCCGUCCCCGCCUCCCCCUGCCCGCCGCCCCGGCCCCUUCCCCCGCCGGGGCCCCUCGGCCCGACCAUGGCCACCAGGAAGGCGGGCUCGCGGCUGGAGACGGAGAUCGAGCGGUGCCGCUCGGAGUGCCAGUGGGAGCGGAUUCCCGAGCUGAUCAAGCAGCUCUCGGCCAAGCUCAUCGCGAACGAUGACAUGGCAGAGCUUCUUCUUGGAGAGUCCAAACUAGAACAAUUUUUGAAGGAAAAUACUCUUAAACACAGUAGUAGUCCCCGAGGCCCCCAGCCAAAGCUGACUGAGAUCAGGAAACAUCUCACAGCAGCACUUGAUAGGGGAAAUCUCAAGUCAGAAUUCCUACAAGAAGCUAACCUAAUAAUGGCCAAAUUAAACUAUGUGGAAGGUGAUUACAAAGAAGCUCUGAACACAUAUGCCAGAGUUGGUGUUGAUGAGUUGCAGCUGACUGCAGUGCCACCAUAUCGGCUACGGAUGAUUGCUGAAGCAUAUUCUACAAAAGGUCUCUGUCUCGAGAAGCUGCCAAUAUCUUCCUCAGCGAGCAAUCUCCAUGUGGAUCGUGAACAGGAAAUUGUUACAUGCUAUGAGAAGGCUGGGGAUAUUGCUCUCCUGUACCUUCAGGAGAUAGAAAGGGUAAUUAAUGCCAACAUACAAAACAGAAGCCCUAAGCCAGGGCCCACUGCACACGAACAAGAGCUUGGUUUUUUCCUGGAAACAGGACUUCAAAGAGCACAUGUUUUAUAUUUCAAAAAUGGGAACUUGACAAGAGGAGUUGGUAGAUUUAGAGAGUUACUAAGAGCUGUUGAAACAAGAACUACACAAAACCUGCGAAUGACAAUAGCAAGACAACUUGCAGAAAUUUUGUUACGAGGUAUGUGUGAACAGAGUUACUGGAAUCCACUGGAAGAACCUCCUCACCAAUCACCCCUUGAUGAUCCACUUCGAAAAGGUUCAAAUACUAAGAAUUACGCGCUCAGUAGAAGACCACGGGUAUACACUGGAGAAAACAUCUUCUGUCCUCAAGAAAAUACAGAAGAAGCCUUACUGUUGCUGCUUAUUAGUGAAUCUAUGGCUAACCGUGAUGCUGUACUGAGCAGAAUACCAGAACACAAGAAUGAUCGUAUCAUCAGUUUGCAAAGUGCGUCUGUAGUCUAUGAUUUACUUACAAUAGCCUUGGGAAGAAGAGGCCAAUAUGAAAUGCUUUCAGAGUGUUUAGAAAGAGCCAUGAAGUUUGCGUUUGAGGAGUUCCAUCUCUGGUAUCAGUUUGCAUUGUCCUUGAUGGCAGCAGGAAAAUCUGCUCGAGCUGUUAAAGUCUUGAAGGAAUGCAUACGUUUGAAACCAGAUGAUGCAACUAUUCCACUCCUUGCUGCAAAGCUCUGCAUGGGAUCUCUGCACUGGUUGGAAGAAGCUGAAAGAUUUGCCAAAGCAGUUGUUGAUCUCGGGGACAAGACAUCAGAGUUCAAAGCAAAAGGCUACUUGGCACUGGGAUUGACUUACAGUCUGCAGGCUACUGAUGCAUCUUUGCGAGGGAUGCAAGAGGUCUUGCAGAGAAAGGCUCUUCUUGCAUUUCAGAGGGCUCAUAGUUUGUCUCCAAUGGAUCACUUGGCAGCAUUUUACUUGGCGCUGCAGCUUGCCAUAUCCAGACAGAUACCAGAAGCUUUGGGUUAUGUUCGUCAGGCUCUGCAACUACAAGGAGAUGAUGCCAACUCUCUUCAUCUCCUUGCACUCUUGCUAUCAGCCCAGAAACACUAUCAUGAUGCUUUGAAUAUCAUUGAUAUGGCCUUGAGCGAAUAUCCAGAAAAUUUUAUAUUACUGUUUACAAAAGUGAAAUUGGAGUCCUUGUGCAGAGGCCCAGAUGAAGCACUCCUUACCUGUAAACACAUGCUCCAGAUUUGGAAAUCCUGCUACAAUCUAACUAACCCAAGUGAUUCUGGACGUGGGAGCAGCUUGUUAGACAGAGCUAUUGCUGAUAGACGACAGCUUAAUACAAUUACACUACCAGAUUUCAGUGAUCCUGAAACAGGUUCAGUCCAUGCCACAUCAAUAGCAGCUUCCAGAGUGGAGCAAGCAUUGUCCGAGGUUGCUUCUUCUCUGCAAAGCAGUGCCCCUAAACAAGGUCCCCUGCAUCCUUGGAUGACUCUGGCUCAAAUAUGGCUUCAUGCAGCUGAAGUCUACAUAGGAAUUGGGAAGCCUGCUGAGGCCACAGCGUGUACGCAGGAAGCAGCUAAUCUCUUUCCAAUGUCACAUUAUGUUCUCUACAUGAGGGGUCAGGUGGCUGAACUCCGCGGAAAUCUCGAUGAAGCCAAACGCUGGUAUGAAGAGGCCUUAUCCAUUAGUCCUACCCAUGUGAAAAGCAUGCAGAGGCUGGCUCUGAUACUUCAUCAACUUGGGCGCUAUAGCUUGGCAGAGAAGAUUCUCAGAGAUGCUGUCCAGGUGAACUCCACAGCUCACGAGGUCUGGAACAGCCUGGGAGAGGUGCUGCAGGCUCAAGGCAAUGAUGAUGCUGCGACCGAAUGCUUCCUGACAGCACUGGAGCUGGAAGCCAGCAGUCCCGUGGUCCCUUUUACCAUCAUUCCCAGAGUCCUGUGAGAGGGCAUCUCUGUCAACAGAUUUUUGGUCUUGACUUCUGGGUGAGCAAACCCAGUGUGUGAGACUGCCUGGUAACUGAUUAGUUUGAGAAACUUGAGAGCUACAGGUAACAAACUCCACCCUUUUGUGGGAAAGUGGCCAAAGCAGGGAGGUGCCACCAUAUGUUAAUGUCAGACUGAGAGGACAGAGUGGUGAGCCAGAGCCAAAUCACUCAUAUCGCCUGCAGUUUUGCCCUGGUAGUUUUAAAACAUCAUUAUAUUCAUGGAUGAUGUGCCAUAUUUUGUUAGUGAAACUUGAGUGUUACAUAAAAUUGUAAUGGAAUCAACUACCAAUUGUAGAAUAAGUGGCAGAGCAGACUAUUUUUAACAAGGCUGUUAAUAAAACUGUUCUCUUCCUGCCUCUCAACCUCUUUUGGCCCAAAGUCAAAAUGUGAAUUUUCUGUUUCCAUCUCUAUUUUAGUCCAGGCCAGAAAAUCAGUUGAGUUCUUGUUUUUAGUUGUUAAUAACUGUGAUGUGUGGCUAACUGUUAUCUAGAGCAAAGGCUGAGUACAAGAAUAUUUAUAUUUUACCAAUGUAUGCCUGUUACAAAAAAUAUAUUAGUUAUUUAAGUUUAACUUUUUUAUGUGAAUUCAGAGUUUAUUUAUCAAUGGAAAUAUGUAAAAAGAAGCCUCAAAUGGAAUAUUUACCGACAUUCCUUAUACAUGAACCCACACUUGGCUAAAUGGGAAGAUUAUGUUAAUAAUAAAAUGAUUUUUAAAUGGAA